AUGUGCUACGAAGGUUAUGUGAGGAUUAAAGUCAUCAACCAAAGUUUAACUUGGGAAAAAGCGUUUGACUACUGCAACAAAUACCACACAGGCCCGCUGAGGAUUGAGAAUGAAAAAGAUCAGGAGGCUGUCGAGCAAUGGUUGAGUAACACCAUGGAUAUUGGUAUUGAUGGUCCAUUCUGGAUCGGUCUGAGGCAAAGUCGACUUUUUGGAUUCUGGAUAUGGAGUAACACAACAGCGGUCUACAGCAACUGGAAGAACAGUGCACAGCCCGAGCUGCCCAUGUCUAAUCCCUGCGGUGCCAUCCAUAGGAACGGCAGCUGGAGUGAUGAACUAUGUUUGAGCAAGCUACCUUUUCUUUGUGAGGAAGAGAUGAUUUUCUUGUAA